AAGAGACGUCGGGCUACAAAGAACGGUCGUCUUGUUUGCUCCUGGAAAUGCCAAAAAUAUUUAUUUGGAAUACUUCUUCCUCGAUUUUGUUCUUGUGGUCGUUGUGACAUGUUGUUCUAGUUUGCCCAUAUGCUCCUUCUCGAUGCGUGGAAUAAUGCAUUUGCCGAGCAGAAGGAGCUGUGUGUGGAUAUAUCUCCUGUUCGUGCUGCUGGUUGUUACUGGGAAGCGGUGUCUGGGCAGCUCUCUUACUCCGUCUCAGAGGAGGUGAAUCUGGGGACCGUUGUGGGAAAUAUCGCUAAAGAUCUCAACAUCAAUGUCCAGGAUUUGGAGUCCCGCAUGUUUCAGAUCGUUGCUGGAUCAAAGAGAAAAUAUUUCGAGGUAAAUCUAAAGACUGGUGUCCUGUAUGUUAAUGAGAGAAUAGAUCGAGAGGAACUCUGCGGCAACGAACAGAAAUGUUCCCUCAGUGUAGAAGCAGUGAUUAAUAACCCUUUAAAACUGUACAGGACUGAAAUUAUAAUCUUGGAUGUAAAUGACAAUUCCCCGUCAUUUGUCAGCACGUCACAGGUAAUCAACAUUACAGAGAGCACAGCAGCAGGAGCUAAAUUCCCUCUGCAUCCAGCUCACGAUGCAGACGUCGGUAAAAAUACUGUAAACAGCUACAAGCUGAGCCAGAAUGAACACUUCUCUCUCGUCACACAUAAAGGAGAGAGUGUAGUCCCCGAAUUAUUACUCCAGAAAGUUUUAGACCGAGAAAAACAGUCUGUGAUCCGACUCACAGUGACUGCCAUUGAUGGAGGAACUCCUGCUAAAUCUGGCACUAUGGUGAUUAUAGUAAAUGUGUUGGAUAGUAAUGAUAACCAUCCGGUCUUCACUCAAACUCUGUACAAAGUGAGUAUGUACGAGAACACUAAGAUUGGAACAUCAAUUAUAACAUUAAAUGCGACAGAUCUGGAUGCAGGUCAAAAUGGACAAGUAUUAUAUUCAUUCAGUGCAGGAGGCCGAGGAAAAGAAACGGAUCUGUUUACUAUAGAUGAAAAAACUGGAACGGUAACAAAUAAAAAGAAUAUCGACUUUGAAGAAAAUAAUGCUUUUGAGAUUCGAGUACAAGCCAGUGAUGGAGCUUCUUCUCCUCUCACCUCACAUGCCAAAUUAUUGAUUGAAGUUUUAGACGUCAACGACAAUGCCCCUGAAAUAUCUGUUACGUCAUUGUUAAACACCGUGAAAGAGGAUAUACCUAUCGGCACCGCCAUUGCACUAGUUUCAGUAUCUGAUAAGGACGGGGGUAAAAAUGCGAUGGUGAACUGUAAAAUCUCCAAUAAUGUUCCGUUUAAAUUAGAGUCAAAUUAUAAGAAUUACUACUCGUUGGUGGUGGACGGUCCUCUGAACAGAGAGAGCUCAGCUGAAUACAACAUCAGCAUCACUGCUACUGAUGAGGGCAGCCCACCUCUCUCCAGCACGAGCGUCAUUAAUGUCCACGUCUCAGAUGUGAAUGAUAACAAACCUCUAUUCACAGAAAACAUAAUCAAUGUCUAUGUGAAAGAAAACAGUCCAGUAGGAGCAGUUUUAAAAACUGUUUCAGCAACUGAUGCUGACAUCGAUCAGAAUGGUCAGGUGAGCUAUUCAGUUUUACAAAGUAACAGUAACUCACUGCCGUUAUCUACAAUGGUGAAUAUCAACUCAGAGACUGGAGAUAUAGUCAGCCUGCAGUCUUUUAACUAUGAGGAGUUGAAAACGUUUCAGUUUAAAGUUCAGGCCACAGACUCUGGUGUUCCUCCGCUCAGCAGCAACGUGACUGUCAACGUUUUAAUCCUGGAUGAAAAUGACAAUAAUCCAACAAUUCUCGCGCCAUAUUCUGAGCACGGCUCCGUUAACAGUGAGAGCAUCCCCUAUUCUGCUGAAGCGGGAUACUUUGUGGCAAAGAUCAGGGCUGUAGACGCAGACUCUGGAUACAAUGCGCUGCUCUCUUAUCACCUCUCUGAGCCCAAAGGAAACAACCUCUUCCGCAUCGGAACCAGCACCGGAGAAAUCAGGACUAAGAGGAGAAUGAGUGACAAUGACCUGAAAACUCACCCCUUGGUGGUGUUGGUGUCUGAUAACGGAGAACCCUCCCUGUCAGCUACUGUGUCUAUUGAGGUGGUGGUGGUUGAGAGCACAGCUGACAUCCAGACUCAGUUCAGACAUGUGCCCAUAAAGGAGGACAGCUUCUCUGCGCUGAACCUGUAUCUGCUGAUCGCCAUUGUGUCGGUGUCAGUCAUCUUUCUGCUCAGCCUCAUCAGUUUAAUAGCUGUCAAAUGCCACAGGACAGACGGCACUUUCAGCAGGUACAGCGCCCCAAUGAUCACCACCCACCCUGACGGGAGCUGGUCUUACUCCAAAGCUACUCAGCAGUAUGACGUGUGUUUCAGCUCAGACACACUCAAGAGUGACGUAGUGGUUUUCCCCGCACCGUAUCCGCCNGGGAGCUGGUCUUACUCCAAAGCUACUCAGCAGUAUGACGUGUGUUUCAGCUCAGACACACUCAAGAGUGACGUAGUGGUUUUCCCCGCACCGUAUCCGCCUGUUGAUGCUGAGCUGAUCAGUAUUAAUGGAGGAGACACUUUUACCAGAACUCAGACUUUACCCAACAAAGAAAAGUGGCACUGGAGUGGCAACGGCGCUGACGACGGUGCUGGAUUAGGUUUCUGUACCCUUGGGCUUCAACCCAACUAA